CCCACUGGCGGCCUUUCUGCCCGUUCUACUGAAAGCGCGGGCUCCUGCGAUGGGUGAGGAUGCAAAGCACCGCGUUUUCAGGCGACGCGGCAGGCGCCCAGUGAACAACGCCUGCCCGCACGGCGGUUCUCGCAGUCUCUCGCCUCGGAAGACUCCAAGCGUUCGCAGCUCCGGUCGCUCCGCGCGGGGCCGCCGCUGUCCGGAGCCCCCCGGGCGGGCGGGGCCGGGGCGGGGCCGAGCUGCGCCUGCGCCGCGGCGGCCGCCGGGGAAGAUGCCGUCGGUAUCGAAGGCGGUGUCGCGGGGUGGCGGGGGCGGCGGGUCCCCUCAGACCGAGCAGCCGACGCAUUACACGUAUCUAAAGGAAUUUAGGACAGAGCAGUGCCCCCUAUUUUUGCAGCACAAGUGUACCCAGCACAGACCAUUUACCUGUUUUCAUUGGCAUUUCCUAAAUCAGCGUCGUCGUAGACCUAUACGAAGGCGUGAUGGGACUUUUAACUACAGUCCAGAUGUUUAUUGUACAAAAUAUGAUGAGACUACAGGAAUCUGCCCAGAUGGAGAUGAUUGCCCUUAUCUGCAUCGAACAACAGGGGAUACAGAAAGGAAGUAUCACCUCAGAUACUACAAGACUGGAACAUGCAUUCAUGAAACAGAUGCCCGGGGCCACUGUAUGAAGAAUGGAAUUCACUGUGCCUUUGCUCAUGGUCCACAUGACCUCAGACCACCAGUAUAUGAUAUAAGAGAACUUCAGGCACAGGAAACCUUACAGAAUGGGCAGCUAGGAUGCGGUGAAGGCAUUCCAGAUCUGCAACCAGGAAUUUUAGCAAGCCAGGCAAUGAUUGAGAAGAUACUUAGUGAAGAUCCAAGAUGGCAGGACACAAAUUUUGUAUUGGCUGGCUACAAGACAGAACAAUGUACCAAGCCACCCAGACUCUGCCGCCAGGGUUAUGCAUGUCCACACUAUCACAAUAGUCGAGAUAGAAGACGAAAUCCCAGAAAAUUCAAAUACAGGUCCACUCCUUGCCCCAGUGUAAAACAUGCAGAUGAAUGGGGUGAACCUUCAAGGUGUGAAAGUGGAGAUAGCUGUCAAUAUUGUCAUUCUCGUACAGAACAGCAGUUUCAUCCUGAGAUAUAUAAAUCUACAAAGUGCAAUGACAUGCGCCAAACAGGUCACUGUCCACGUGGUCCAUUUUGUGCAUUUGCACAUGUUGAAAAGGACACCGUCAAUGUAGUCAUACUGCAAACGGGUUGUCAGUCAAAGCCAGGCGCGCACCUGCUUUCACCGGACAGCGUAGGAAUUGCAAAUGAAUGGAACAGCACUCUUAACUCCACGAACAGCAUUGCAGAUAGCAGUGGGCAGUCUGGAAAUAUUUCCUGUUCUUCAAGUCCAACUGUAACAUCAAGUUCUGGUAGCAGUAGUUCUUUAUCACCCCUUGGACUUCUUUGUAGACAGAGAUCAUUAGCAAAUGGCGUUUUGUGUUCUGAAUCUAGCACAUCAGGUGUUUCUUCACCAACAUCUAGCUAUCCAAAGGCACCAGGGUUUGAACGAGAAGAUCAGGCGAAACAUCGAAGCUUCUCAACUGAGAAACAGCAGAAAAUAAAUGAGCAAGACAACAAGCAGAACCAUCUCAGUGUUUUUUCAGCAGUUAACCCACUUGCUUCAAGUAUCACUUCCAGUCUGGCCUCCAGUGUUGGAUCAGAUAGUUCAUCUCCUACAACUGUCUCUGCUGUCAAAGCUCUCCCGUUCUGUUCUGGCAGCAACACAGUUGAAUCGGUAAUAGGUUCUGCUUUAGAUUUGCAUUUCAAUGAUGUGAACGUUGCAUCCAUAGAUAAAGACUUAGAAGUUCAAGAAGUCAGUGACCUUGGAGUAGCAGGUCAAAGAUUACUGGGAAGUUCAGCACCUGUCAAUAUUCCAGGCUCUCUUGUUCGUUCUUCGUCUUUACAUUCAUCAUCAUCCCUUUCAACCUCUCCACUCAGUUCUCUUUCACAAUCCCUGUCUCAGUCGUUUGUUUCCUCGACUGUGGCUUCUCACCACCAGCAGCCUCAGGCUGUGAAGGCAGAACAUAGCAUGUUGGGCACCUCAGCCUCUUCUCACAACUCUUUAGGUUUAAAUGGUGUUACAGGGAGCAUCUGGGACUUUGUAACUGGGAGCUUCUCUCCUAGUCCAUCCCCAGUACUAAGCAGCGGCUCUACCCCCUCAAUAAGUUCAAAUACCAGUGGGAAUGAACUAACUCGAGUAAGACAGGAACUUGAUGAUGCCAAGAGAAAACUAAAACACUGGGAAGAAUCUUGGCAACAAAUAAAACAGGCAUGUGAUGCAUGGCAGAAAGAGGCUCAAGAAGCAAAAGAACGUGCUAACAUCGCAGAUGCAGACAAACAGCUUGCUCUUCAGAAGAAGGAGGAAGUGGAAAAUAAAUUAAAAAAGCUGAAGGCACAAUUAGCUGCUGGUCUAUCUACUACAUUACCUUAUUUGAAAAACUAUGGAGAUAUAGAAAAUACAUCCUUGCCAAAGCUUCGUUCCUUACAAAAUCGGCUGCACUUAGAUUUAGAAACAAUAGAUGAGGUGAUUUUUCAGCUUCAGUCAAAGAAAUGCAUCAUAUGCCAGGAGGGUGAUCGUAGCAUUAUUCUGAAUCCAUGUCAACAUUAUGUACUGUGUGAUCAAUGUGCAGCUGUUCAAGAAGAAUGUCCUUGCUGCAAGAAGAAAAAUCUGUGGUAACAUACAGGCGUAAUAGUCAUAUCAAAUUCAUGAAUUAAAUAAUUCUAUGGUUUUGUAUUUUGUAUAAGAAUUGUAACACUCAUAAUUCAUCCCUUUAAUAGUGCUAGACUGAUUUCCAUUUUGAUGUGAUGAACUUAGUUGCUUUAAGAUACAGUAAAGGCUUGCUCACCUUUACAUAUCAACUUCAGUCAUUUGAUAAGGUUCUACAGUCUCGAGCGAGGUUCCUCCAUCCCCCCGCAAGUCCCAUCACAGCCUUUUCUGACUUCCACUGACAUUCCUGGUGCACAAACUACUUAGGUUCAUUUGCACUGUAAUCACUUUGUAUAAAUCUUACCACAAUGCCUGAACGAAGUGUCUGUAUAUGUGAUUUUCAUUAACAGAAGAUGGAUACGUAGAUACAUAACUACACACUCGGCAGGACAGAUGGUCCCUUUGCCAUGUCUGUUGUGUGUGGAACGCCAGAGCCAGUAUUUUGGAAUUAGUCUAACACUAUGUUUACUUGGAUGUUUGGAAAAAUUCUGAUUAAUAUAAAAGCACUUUUUAAUUAUUGUGUUUUGUUAGAAGAGAUGAUGUAAAUUGCUUCAGGCUGCUUUUUAGGUCUUAUGUUUAUUUAAUAUGCAAUAAUAUGAUGUGUUGUAUGUGUGCUGUGAAUUAAAAAUUUCACAUGGUUUUAGUGUUAAAUCACAAUAUUAUUAAAUAGAAAUUACAAUUUAUCUAGUUUUUUUACAAUUUAGAAGUUAACUCCAUACUAUACUAUUUAUAAAUGUACCAGCAGAGACAGAAACAGUGAGGCACAAAUGCUUUCACAUUCAAAGACAUGGUUUUGAUCUUGUGAAACAGACCAGUUUUAGUAAACAACUGUGUAUUUGCAUACUUCCCUCAGUUGGGUGUUUGUAGUCUUAAAGUUUUUGUACAUCUCCUAACCUGUGUUGUACUCGUCGGGAACAGGUAUGAUAUAUAUAAUAUUACUAAGUGCCUAUGCCCAGUAUCGUAGAAAAUGGCAGAAGACAGAGGAAAAAAUAAUUUUGCAAAUAAUUUCUAUUGCUUAAUUUUGUAUUGAACAAUUUGAUGAUAACUCAAAUACUUCUCUUGCUUUUAUAAAUAGUUAAAAAUACACUUUUUUCUUUUCAGUAGUGGCAUAAUGCAUAUCUGAAAACUACAAAAUUAUUUAAGUAUGUAAUUAGGUGGUGGCACUUUGACACAGUGAUUCUUUUAAAAGGUGGUAAUAUCCUUACUUCAUUGUGGUGGUUGAGAAUAUGCAAUUCAGGAGGAAUAGUUAAUUAUUUACUGCAUGUUAACACUGUAUAUUUUUACUUUUCUAACAUGGAAUAAUUGCCGGCAUUACUCCUUUUUGUGUUGAAUUCAGGCAUAACACUCGUACAACUUAGAUGGAAAUGACCUACAACUGUGUUACAUGAUUUGUAUCUCCACAUUACUGUAUUCAGUACAAAAAGUGAGUUCACACAGGCAGCAAAGUGUUAAUCUAAUUAAAGUUUUGCUAAAACAAAAAUCAAGAAAUACACUACAAUUAUUGUCAAAAUGUGUCAGCAUUAAAUAAAGGGCCCAAGCCAUGAGUACUGAAAUCAAUAUCUCUGUUGGGUUUUAGCAUUCUUUGUACGAAGCCUUCCGUUAGCAAAAGAUCGUUACACAUUUUCUGUAAGAACUAAAUGUACAGAAUUGUUGCUGCUUUUCUACCACAGGUCAGUCUGCAGGAAUGUUGGAAACCUUUUUGAAAGGAAGAGGUAGAAUAAGAUAUUAAAUAUAUAAAGAUAAGUAGUAAAUAAAUGUUUCAAACUUUCAUUUGACAAUCACUUUAAAGACCAAAGUUGGCUUUAGUAAUGUGAUUUUGUUGACUUUAACACAGUUUCUUUAAAACGUUUGUACUGAGCAAAGUAUGAAAUUAGACUGUAUUUGCAUUUUCCAAAUGCACUUUUCUGUUCUAAAAUAAGAUAUUACCGUUUUAAAAGUGUAGCCAGCUUUGGACUCUUAAAAAAAGAGAACUUGGAUCACCAAAUUUGGCUGUAGGUAUAAAUGUAUUUUUUGCAUCUGUGCAGUCUAUGACUGACUGAUUUUUGAACCUUAACUGCAUUUUGGACUAAAGCAAACUUAGUUGUGUAAGGUUUGGGGUUUUUUUGUGUUUGUUUUUUUUAAAAAAAAACAGUGAGCAAAUCAAAGAAUGACGUGUAAUUACAGUUUGAAAUUGUUACAGAUUUUUCAAACAAGCAGUUAUUUUGGACACCAGUUCAGUAUAUUUAUCUACUCUGGAACAGCAUCCUGCAACCAUUGUGCUCACAGAAAUAUUUAGAAAUAUGUUAGUGAAAAUUUCUGCUUUGUUGUUUUAGGAGAAACCAGCUUAGGGCCACGUUGUGCUGCCCACAUGCAGCUAUGUGACAUCUGUUAGAUAAAGAAGUGUGGGUUUGCACUGUCCUGUCAGAGUUUGUAGUUCUUCAUGUGUGUUUUAGUGCAUUUGCUUAUGUCCUAGGGCUAUUUUUGGUGCCUUUUUUUUGUAGCAACAGGUGAUUUUUCCUAAUCUCGCCACAUGAACAAAACAGGAAUGUAAAUCACACUUGCAGUGUGAAUCAUCACAUUGUCAUUUGUAGUUUAUAUGUGCUGCAUUUUUAGAGGAAAUAAUAUUUAGUCUGUUGCUUUUUAAAGUUGUAUAUAUUGUGUUUUACAAUAACGAAUCUUGAAAAUAAGGAUGUGUCCCCUAUAGUAAUAUCAGUACUGAACAUUUUGCAGGUGUUCCCUGCAAGUUUCUUUGGUGCUGAAUUACAGGCAUAUUUAAAAGCUAUCAACCAACCAUUUUGCAGAGAAGAAAAAAACACAUACCAAAGAAACAUGCCCAUGUGUUAAAUCUUCAGACUGGGCAGCUUGCUAUAAUUAUAGACGAAUCCUUCAGUAAUCUCUUGAACUACAUAUCAUGCAUAGCAGUCACAUGAAAUUCACAGUUAUUCUUCACAAAAUCCCUUCUGUGAAGAAUUACAAACAAUGGUUUCUGUAUCUUAUGAAAGCAAAUCAACAAAUGCAUACUUUUCCAUCAGUACUUUAAAGUGGAGGAUAAUAAAAUAUAUAUAGAAACAACAGUUUGGAAGAAGUCAGAAGUGAAACUUGACCUUUGUAAGUACUCGUCUGUGUACUAUAUACACUGUCUAGAAACUGGAUACAUUAAAAUUAUUUUAGUGAGGCUACAGGAUAGCAAUUAGCUGAAUUCACAAAAUACAUAAAAGCAAACAAAAUACAUUUUCAAGAUUCAUUUUGGUAUUUGGAAAAGUUCUGUGUUAAUUCAUGUAAGAAUACAAUUUUUAAUGUGAAUGCCAUUAUGUUGUUCACCAAUUAUUUUAGCCUGGGGAAUAACAGAUUAAAAUUGUGAUUUCUCAGGGGUUUUACAGUUAGGAGAUUUAGUGUAACCAGAAGUAUGCUCAUUACAGAUAGAUCCCAAGCUGCAUGUUACAGGCUUAUUAUUAGUCUCCUUUGAAUAGCAGACUAUUAAAGACAUACUUGGUUUGUUCUGUAUUGCCAUUCAGAGUAUCCUAGUAUUAAUUAUACGUAGUAAUAUUAUUACUGUCACACUAUGCUUGUGUACCUUGGUCAUCAUCAGACCCUAAAUAAAUAUGGAAUUUUUACUCAUAUUACUUUAUGGAAGCCGUUAAUGUUUUGAGUGUACAGAUAGAAAAGAUUUUGUGAAUUAAAUUGUUCUUAAUACAAAACAUAUUAUUUAUAAUGCAUACCCAGUUACUUGUAGUGAACUGUUUAAAAUUGUUAACACUUGUUAAAACUUUUCUACACUAUAGCGUUUAUGCAAUAGUUUACAGAAGUCAUGGAAUUAUUUUUACUACCAACAAGGAAAUAAAAUUUUGAUCUUUAUUUCUGAGCUAUACUGUGUUUGAAGACUGAAAAAUUUACGGAUAUGUUUUCCUCUGCAAUCCGAUCAAGGCAUUCCUAAUAAUUCCAGGAUUUCAACCACUGGGAUGGAUGUUUACUAUUUCAGUGGAGAAAGAGGUCUAACUGAGAUAGAGAGACACUAAUUUAGUUGAAUGAACUAGUAGGUAGAGGCUGACGAAGUAAUUAAAACAUAAUUACAUUUGCAUUCCAUUCUUCUUUGUAU